ACUCAUCAUCGUCAUCAUCAUCAUUUUGCACUCACGGCGAGUAUUCUGCUGAAGUAAAGACGUGAAAAUUGUUGUCUUAGUCGAAAGGAGAUUUUCUGUGUUGGAAAAUUUGGAAAAGGUGGAAACUGGACUUCCCGUGAAGAUUGCUGGCAAGUGCCUCCGGAUGUAGUGAAGACUGCAGGAAAUAGAGUCCGCACGUUAUGCAAGGUGAAGAAAAAUCCGAAAAGUUGAGGAUCGUUCCCGUAUACAUCGCAUGCAUAAGGUGCUGCUGAAAUAGGAAAACGGGAGAGAAAGCAAUAGCGUGAAACGACACGCGUAGGAGCGAGACAGGAAAACACGGCAGUACGACAACGCUUUCUGUUUCUUUCAGGGUGUGGUGGUAAGGGCGGAUCGACCGAAUCAAGUUCGUGUAUUUUGCCUGCAAAAGGCCGAAUGAGACCUGUGGUGGUGAUAGGUGAAACGUGAGACGAUUGCGUAGCGGUGUUACGCGUCAGGUAGAAGCAGUUCAAGACGAACGUCGGGGAAAAAAAAUCGACAGUAGUAAUUAGUGGCGCUACUGGAGAUCCCUAUUGUUUGUAAAGUGCUUUUAUAGUCGGUAAGAAAUACGCUGCAAAAAGUGUUCAUUAUUACAGAAAGUCACAACUGAAAUACGCAUUCGAGUGACUUGAGGAUAUUGGGGUAACAUGAAUGAGCUCGAGGCAUUGCGACAGGAAGCGGAGACGCUGAAGAACGCGAUACGUGAUGCUCGGAAGGCAGCAUGUGAUACUUCGUUGGUUCAGGCCACGAACAACCUGGAACCGAUCGGUAGGAUACAGAUGCGAACUAGGCGUACCUUGCGGGGCCAUUUAGCUAAAAUCUAUGCAAUGCAUUGGGGUAGUGAUUCUAGAAAUCUGGUAUCGGCUUCUCAGGACGGUAAGCUGAUCGUAUGGGACUCGCACACGACAAAUAAGGUACACGCGAUUCCGUUGCGCUCGUCUUGGGUUAUGACAUGUGCGUAUGCCCCAUCCGGUAAUUUUGUGGCUUGCGGUGGACUUGACAAUAUUUGUUCUAUUUACAAUCUCAAGACAAGAGAGGGUAACGUUCGGGUAUCGCGGGAACUGCCUGGACACACAGGAUAUCUGUCGUGCUGUCGUUUCCUAGAUGACAACCAAAUCGUGACAAGCUCGGGCGACAUGUCCUGUGGGCUGUGGGAUAUCGAGACCGGUCAGCAGUGUACAUCGUUUCUCGGACACACUGGAGACGUGAUGGCACUGUCUGUCUCGCCCCAGUUUCGGGUUUUUGUAUCCGGAGCGUGCGAUGCUUCCGCCAAACUGUGGGACGUCCGAGAGGGCCAGUGCAAACAAACGUUUCCGGGACACGAGAGCGAUAUAAACGCCGUCACAUUUUUCCCAAAUGGACAAGCGUUCGCGACCGGUUCCGACGAUGCCACCUGUCGGCUCUUUGACAUCCGUGCCGAUCAGGAGUUGGCCAUGUACUCGCACGAUAACAUCAUCUGUGGUAUUACCUCGGUGGCAUUCUCCAAGUCCGGUCGUCUGCUACUGGCAGGCUAUGAUGAUUUCAAUUGUAACGUUUGGGACACACUAAAAGCAGAACGCGCCGGUAUUCUUGCAGGGCACGAUAAUCGAGUAUCCUGUUUAGGUGUAACAGAGAAUGGAAUGGCAGUUGCAACUGGGUCCUGGGAUUCCUUCCUGCGGGUGUGGAACUAAGCUUUGUGUGCGUUUUUAAUUAUCUAAAAUUAUAAGAUGUAAGAAUCACAAUUUUUAUAACAAAACAAAAGCUGUAUGAAAAGGAACCACAAACUUCACACAAAUAUUAAAUUGUUUAGAAAAUUAUUAAUAAAUUAUCAAUAUAAAUAUAAAUCUGAAAAUUGACAUUGUAAAAAAUACCAUACUAGAUUUUCUUUUUACUUAUACGUUACGCUAUUACAAAGACUCGGUUUAGUACGAGAUUUGCGUGCUUUUUUCGGAAGUAAUUUAACAAGCGAAUUCUAUAGCAAUUAGAAAUUAUAUUACGAUAUGUAGAGGAAUAAGGAAUCAAAUUUUAGUAAGAGGAAGAUGUGCGGUAGAUACGACGACAACACAUUUCAUUUUCAUUUAUGAAAAGUAGUACUCGAUUUAUCACUGUUGGUUCGAAUACUUCAGAAGUUCUACUAACUUCUGCUUCAAAUGUAUCUUUUGCCAAAGUUAGCACCUGCCGAGUAUUGUGUGUUAACAUGCAUAUUGCUAUGUGUUUUAUGUAUCAGGUAUUUAUUAUAAAUUUUAAUUGUAAGGAAAUCAAGGAAAAUAGGAAACGGUGGUAAGCAACAAUAGAAACGAUAGACCUGAGACUAAAUACGAAUUAUAGACUUUCACUUUAGGUUAACAUUAAAUCCAUUAUUUCACCUUAGUACACUGACUUACGGAACGACAUAUAACAAUUAUGCACAACCUUAUUCGUAAGUUUUGUUCAUCAAGUAUAUUUACGUACAUUGUUUUGUGAUCAUACAUUGGGCACUUCUGAUUGCACAUUGUGUCAGAGCAGCGAUGGUAACAUACAUAGUGAAAGUGAUAGAAAGUGAAAGGAUCCUAAAACCUAUAGAAUAUCAUUUUCCGAUUGUCUGGAUUUCCAUUAUUUCACCACAAGCAUUAUGACCUUAAAGUUUCGAGCUGAGAAUAUUACCAGCUAUUUUGAAACCAAUAUUAAAUAGAUUGUUCUGUUAUUUAAAAAUGUAAUCGGCCUGUGGUGACUGGUUUUGUUACUAUUCUGAAAAAAAUAUUAUACUAAAGAUGACAAUUUCACGAGUAAUUUUUCAAGAAUGCACAAAAUAGUUGUGACGCGUCUCUAAGCUAUAUUGUUUUUUCAACAAAACCGUAGUACAUUCAAAUACAACUGUUCUUUGGUGGUAAAAUAAUCCUAAUGAAGAUAUUUGACGACACAUUCAAAAUUCUGGAUUGAUAAGUCAUUGAUAUGUGGGAAAUACUUCUGGAUAAUAGCAAAAGAGUAUUUACCAGUUCUUGCAGAAAAAAUUUCUAGCUAUUGUUGGGUAUGUAUUGUGAGGUCAGGGAUGAAUUCGUUUAGUUCUUGACUGUUUCUAGCAUUGUUACGAAGAAGUAGACUGGGUGAAAGGUGAUAGUCUUAUUAAUAAAGAUAUGUUACUUUUUCUUAUGAUUAUCUUAUCAAUCUGUUACGCCCUUUUUAUGUUCGUUUGCCGGUUAUCAACUGCAAUCGAAUAUGAUUUGCUACAUUCAGAUUUAAACUAAAUUCAGUAUCAUCGACAGACAUGGAAAAACUAUUUUAUGAUGUUACUUGACCUUGCAAACAUUGCUACUAAUCGUAACAAUAAUCGAAUCUUCUAAGUGUUUUGUUAAUUUCAUUUCUCAUAAAAUAAGGUUAUAUUUUUUUAUAUGCAAGGAACUUAUUUUUCAAUUGAUGUAUCAUGCUGCUAGUUGAAUCAACAGCAUCUGACAAACGGAACUAUACGUGAACUGACCGAUGGAUGAUGAAGCUUAGAACACGGAACAAAAUUAUAGUUAUCGAUCAUUACCUAUAGUCGUAAAUAAUGUGAUGAGUGUGUAAAAAAAACUUAGCAAAAAGUAAAAGCUACAAGGAAAGAAAUCAUGAAAAAUCAUUAUACAUCGCUAUUAUAAUACAUAAGAAUAACAAGUUUAGCAAAAAAAAAAAAACAACUAUAGCCAUUAGCACAAAAAGUAUGCAAAAGUCUAAUAUAACUACCAACAAUAAAAACAAACGUCGGCUAGGGAAACUACUAAAAUCAGUAUGAGAACAGCACACAAAGUAAUACGCUACAUGUAAUUGCCAAAGAGAAUCUUACUAAGAGAGCAAAUAAAAUUCGCAUAAAAUUUCA